GCGCUUCGGACCGCGCAGGAGCAGUCUCGGCGCAUCUUCAGAAGAGUGCAGCUGGUCUAACGGGAUCAUUGUGUAGGUGGAUUUGAAUUGUUCGUGUUUGGAAGUUUUUCUUCCUUUUUUCUGUUCAAACUGGCUUCCAGCUGCGCGCUCAACAUGGCCGUGACAGAGGCUGGAUGUGACCUGACUUACUGCAAGAUGCGGGGGAUCGUUGCGGUUCUCACCGCUUUUAUCAAGGAGAGGAAAAUGGGUCUGAAUGACUUCAUCCAGAAGCUGGUGUCCACACCGCACAUCUGCCAGCACUCUGAGGUGAACAACUUCCUGAAGAUUGAUGAGAAUCAGAAUGAAGCUGAAGAUGGAAGUCCAAUGUACCUACAUUCUCGGACUUCCUUGGCAGAGGACACUCAGAUCAAGCCUUGUGAUUUUGACUACCUUAAAAUCAUUGGCAAAGGCAGCUUUGGAAAGGUUCUGCUGGCUCGACACAGGGAGACCACCAACUACUACGCUGUGAAGGUGCUGCAGAAGAAGAUGAUCCUGAAGAAGAAAGAGCAAAAGCACAUCAUGGCUGAGCGCAGCGUGCUGAUGAAGAACAUUAAGCAUCCCUUCCUGGUGGGGCUGCACUACAGCUUCCAGACUACUGACAAACUCUACUUUGUGCUGGACUAUGUGAACGGAGGCGAGCUCUUCUACCACCUGCAGAGGGAACGCAUCUUCCUGGAGCCCAGAGCAAGGUUCUACGCUGCUGAAAUCGCAAGUGCACUUGGAUACCUUCACGCUCUGCACAUCGUGUACAGAGACCUGAAGCCUGAGAACAUCCUGCUAGACUCGCAAGGCCACAUUGUCCUGACAGACUUUGGACUCUGUAAGGAAGGCCUUGAACCCAACGGAACCACCUCGACAUUCUGUGGAACGCCUGAGUAUCUGGCUCCUGAGGUUCUGCAGAAGCAGGCAUAUGACCGGACCGUGGACUGGUGGUGCCUGGGGUCGGUGCUCUACGAGAUGCUUUAUGGACUUCCUCCUUUCUACAGCCGCAACACGGCAGAGAUGUACAACAACAUCCUGCAUAAGGCUCCGGUGCUGAAACCAAACGUGUCCAACUCCGGCAGGGAGCUGCUGGAGGGGCUCCUGCAGAAGGAGCGCUCCGAGAGGCUGGGAGCCAAGGAUGACUUUCUUGAACUGAAGUAUCACUCCUUCUUCUCUCCAAUCAACUGGGAAGACCUGAUGGCCAAGAAGAUCACCCCUCCAUUCGCUCCCUCCGUGUCUGGUCCCACUGACCUGCGGCACUUCGACCCAGAGUUCACCCACCUUCCAGUGUCAUCCUCCCUGUGCAGCGACACGGUGAUGGUGACGAGUAGCGUCAAGGAAGCGGCCGGAGCCUUUCCGGGCUUUUCUUACGGACCCCCGUUGGACCACUCCUUCAUGUGACUGAAGGCGCCUCCGCACUCCGUUCUGGGAGUGGACGGGAAAUGAGGGUCAGUCAGUAACUAAACAGCUCUGAUACCAACUCAUAAGCAGAUGCGGUAGAAGGACUCGUGAUGCAGCACCGCCGGGCCCAAUUACCCGACCCAACCAUUCCAAACAAAGCAUGUGCCAAGUGUGGAAGUCCUUCAAGAUGUGAAACAUCUGUACACCGGGUCUGGAACGGCUGCUGGAGAUGUGUGGUGUGAAGUGCCUGAUGUUGGAGAGCGAGUCCGGGGCCUGGCAGCAUUAGCCAGUCUAAUAAAAAACCAUGAAGCCUGCUUCAGUGGUUUGGACCUCAGAGGUUAUGCCUUCAUUCGGACCAUUUUCAUUUUAUUUAUCCUUUAAAAGUUCAUGUUUUUAUCCGGAAGCUGAUUGCACUUGAGGAAAAGUGGGUCAAAGAGAAACUGAACUGCUUCGGAUCAGAAAAGUCCAAAUGUUUUUUUUUUCUAAUAUCUCCAGGUCACACCAGGAAACGAUGGAGUUCUAAUCCAACUUACUUUCUGGGACCAAACAGAACACUUUAACACAAAUGCUUCCUUUGACCCGUUUGUCCUGAACCUGAAACAUACUGUGUAGGAAACCUGCAUAUGUUACAAACACUGUUUACUUUGAAGAAAGUCCUGCUUAGAUCAGAAAUGACUUGCAGCUUUUCUUAUAUAUCUUUAUAUUAAUAGAGAAUAUUUCCAGUUUUGGUUGGAAAACUGUGGUCAGUCACUGUUGAGCUGAUAUCUGCUAUUAUGGAGGACUUCUCUCAGUACUGUAUAUCCAUCCCAUUAAAUCAAAGUGCUUGCUGUUUUCCUGCAAACACACCUUAGAGUCUUUAAUUCUUUGUAUUUAUGCAUCAUGUAGAGCAGAACUGUAAAUGUCUUGUGCCUGAUUGAUGUUUGCAACAUAUCUCCUUUCCCCUGAAACCUUUUAGACCUUUUUUAGUUUUAAAGAAGUGCUUCAUUACGAUGGACAGGAACCGCUGGGCAGAGCAGGUGACGGCUCGGUGUUGCGUCCAGCUUGCAUCGCGCCCCGGUUCUGGAAAGUGCAAUAAAAUGUUCCCACAGAACAUCUUCUGAUCACGAGUAUGAAAGAUUGUUUCUGAUUUAAUUAGAGCAUCAUCUCGAGCAGUAAAUGUUCAUGAAAUGAAAACACAAGACAAUACACAGUUGUGGAUCAAGUUCUUUCAUAUGUGGAAGCUGUUUUUUCUGUGUAUUUAUUUUCAUGUCACGGUGUAAAGCAGAUAAUUUACACGACGAACUGAAACACUGAGCUAAGAUCUGUGUCAGAAAUGCUAAAUAAAAUCUAUAAAACUCA